AUGCAGAAAGUGUUGAAGGAGUUGGAGCAAGUGAUGUUAGCAGUCACACCACUAGAAACAUCACAUUUUUAUGUUGAAACAAAUUUAUUCCAGAGAAGAACAUUAGAUGCGGCUAAGAAGAUUCUCAAAAUUGCUCAUAAAGAAAAGGCAAUCGAGAAAACCUUGACCAAAGAGGAGAAUGAAAUCGUGUCAAAAUUCUUUUCCGGGAAAAUUCCAUACGAUCAAAAUGUUCUAAAUGUACUCGAUCGUGUGCUGGACAAAACGAUCGACUAUCUACAAACGCAUGGAGCCCAUUUAGAUCCGGAGACAAAGAGGCUAAUUGAUAAAAGAAAAGCGCUCAAAGCAGCCAUGCUGGAAACUAUGCUUGCUACUCCCAAAUUUAUUCCUAAUACUUGGGUUCGACAGUAUGACAGACUACACAAACAAGCAUUACAAGAUACAAAAGGAAUCAACUGGGCAAGAGUAAUUCUCUUCUAUCCACGUCAACGAUCAUUUGACGAUGGAGAAGCCGAUAUU